AUGCCUUCGCUCGACAUCAUCGACCACUCGCCUCAUCAGCCAGAUCCGUCUCCUCCAGUGGCUACAGCAUCCAACCUCAUUCUCAUUGACAACUACGACUCAUUCACUUGGAACAUCUAUCAGUACCUUGUUCUCGAGGGUGCCACGGUCCAUGUGUUCCGAAAUGACAAGAUCACGGUGGACGAGCUGAUCAAGCACAACCCAACUCAGCUCAUCAUCAGCCCCGGCCCUGGUCAUCCUCAGACUGAUUCCGGAGUCAGUCGAGAUGCAAUCCGACACUUUGCUGGCAAGAUCCCGGUCCUGGGAGUCUGCAUGGGCUUGCAAUGUAUCUUUGACGUCUAUGGCGGCGAAGUCUCUUCCGCUGGAGAGUGGCUGCACGGAAAGACUUCUCCCCUGACCCACGAUGCCAAGGGUGUCUUUGCCAGUCUGCCUCAGGGCCUUCCUGUGACCCGAUACCACUCCCUUGCUGGCACUCAUCUCACUCUGCCCGAGUGCCUUGAAGUGUCUUCUUGGGUGGCUAAGCCAGAUGGCUCGGCCGGCAUCAUCCAGGGAGUUCGUCACAAGAACUACGUUGUCGAGGGUGUGCAGUUUCACCCAGAGAGUAUCCUCACUGCUGAGGGCCGUGUUAUGAUUAGAAACUUCCUCCACAUGCAGGGCGGUACCUGGGAAGAGAAUACCCGACUCCAAAAGGCCGCAUCAACAACAAGCACCACCUCCGCUGCGCCUAAGCCGCAAAAGAACAACAUUCUCCAGACCAUUUACGCAAACCGAAAGGCUGCCGUAGCCAAGCAGAAGGAAAUUCCAUCUCAGCGAAUGAGCGACCUUCAAGCCGCAUACGACCUUAAUGCUGCUCCCCCCUUGGUACCAUUCGUCAGCCGGCUAAAGCAGUCACCUUUUGAAGUAGCUCUGAUGGCAGAGAUUAAGCGCGGUUCCCCAUCCAAGGGUAUCUUUGCGCUAGAAGUUCAGGCUCCUAUUCAGGCUCGCAAAUAUGCACUUGCUGGUGCAAGUGUGAUCUCUGUGUUGACAGAGCCCGAGUGGUUCAAGGGCAGCAUUGAAGACUUGAGAGCUGUCCGCCAGGUUUUGGAUGGUAUGCCAAACAGACCGGCAAUCCUUCGAAAGGAGUUCAUCUUUGAGGAGUACCAAAUUCUGGAGGCAAGACUAGCUGGAGCAGACACAGUAUUGUUGAUCGUCAAGAUGCUCGAGGUCGAGCUACUAGAGCGCUUGUACAAGUACUCGCUAUCCCUCGGCAUGGAGCCCCUGGUGGAAGUUCAAAACGCCGACGAAAUGACGAUUGCAGUCAAGCUUGGUGCCAAGGUCAUUGGCGUCAACAACCGAAACCUCGAGACAUUCGAGGUUGACAUCAACACAACGGGACGGCUGCGAAGCAUGGUACCAGAUACUACCAUUAUUUGCGCACUGAGCGGUAUCAACAAGCAUCAAGACGUGCUUGACUGCAAGAGGGAUGGAAUCAACGCCGUCCUUGUAGGCGAGGCCAUUAUGAAAGCACCAGAUGCGACAACCUUCAUCAGUGAACUAUGCUCCGGAAGCAAACCACCGCCGAAAAACACCUUGCCUGAGAAAGUGCACGUCAAGAUCUGCGGAAUUCGGACCGUCGAGGCCGCAUUAGAAGCAGUCAAGGCGGGCGCUGACUUUAUCGGCGUCAACUUCGUCCCCGGAGCGAAGCGGGCUGCUUCUCACGAUGUUGCCCUGGCCAUCUCAGAAGCAGUUCGUGCAACUACCAAGUCAUCAGAAGCCUCUGUAAAGCUACCGAUCGCGGCAUCAGGCGCCACAGAUUUCUUUUCUCUCACAUCACAAAAUCUCAAGACCUCACGUACACAGGUGGUGGGCAUCUUCCAGAACCAGCCCCUGAGCGAAGUUUUGGAGAAGCAGAGGCUUUACAACCUUGAUCUUGUUCAGCUUCACGGUGAGGAGCCGAUUGAAUGGGCAAAGGCGAUUCCCGUGCCUGUUAUCCGCUGCUUCAAGCCCAACCAUCCCGCUGUCGGUCUCCGGGGAUACCACGUUGUUCCUCUCUUAGACUCUGGAGCUGGGUCUGGAAAGCUGCUGGACGUUUCAAACGUAAAGGACCUACUUCAAAAGGAUCCUGACUUGAGAAUCUUCCUCGCCGGAGGACUCAACCCCGACAACGUUGCAGAAGUGGUCAACGCCCUGGGAGAGUUUAGCAGCCAAGUGAUUGGAGUGGACGUAAGCAGUGGUGUUGAGGAAGAUGGUAAGCAAAGCUUGGCUAAAAUCAAUGCUUUUGUCAAUGCCGGAAAAGCAAUUAGGUAG